UAGGUGCGGGAGGAGUUUCAGCUGCGAGAACCACGGUCCAGGAGGUCUGGAGUAGCAUGGCCCGGAAAAGCGCCUUCUCUGCCGGCGCGCUCUGGCUCUGGAGCAUCCUCCCGUGCCUGCUGGUGUUGCGAGCGGAGGUCGGGCAGCAGCCGGAGGAAAGCCUGUACCUGUGGAUCGACGCUCACCAGGCGAGAGUGCUUAUAGGACUUGAAGAAGAUAUCUUGAUUGUUUCAGAGGGGAAAAUGGCCCCCUUUACACAUGAUUUCAGAAGAGCACAGCAGAGAAUGCCAGCUAUUCCUGUCAAUAUCCAUUCUAUGAAUUUCACCUGGCAAGCUGCAGGGCAGGCAGAAUACUUCUAUGAAUUCCUGUCCUUGCGCUCCUUGGAUAAAGGCAUCAUGGCAGACCCAACCGUCAAUGUCCCUCUUCUGGGAACAGUGCCUCACAAGGCAUCAGUUGUUCAAGUUGGCUUCCCAUGUCUCGGCAAACAAGAUGGAGUGGCAGCAUUUGAAGUGAACGUGAUUGUCCUGAAUUCUGAAGGCAACACCAUCUUGCAGACACCUCAAAAUGCCAUCUUCUUUAAGACCUGUCAACAAGCUGAGUGCCCAGGAGGAUGCAGAAAUGGAGGCUUCUGUAAUGAAAGACGGGUCUGCGAAUGUCCUGAUGGAUUCUACGGCCCUCACUGUGAGAAAGUCCUUUGCUCACCACGAUGCAUGAAUGGCGGGCUAUGUGUUACUCCCGGUUUCUGCAUCUGUCCACCUGGAUUCUAUGGAGUCAAUUGCGAUAAAGCAAAUUGCUCAGCCACCUGCUUUAACGGAGGGACCUGUUUCUACCCUGGAAAGUGUAUUUGCCCUCCAGGACUAGAGGGAGAACAGUGUGAAACAAGCAAAUGCCCACAGCCCUGUCGAAAUGGAGGCAAAUGCAUUGGUAAAAACAAAUGCAAGUGUUCCAAGGGUUACCAAGGAGACCUCUGUUCAAAGCCUGUCUGCAAACCCGGCUGCGGCACACAUGGAACCUGCCACGAACCCAACAAAUGCCAGUGUCAGGAAGGCUGGCAUGGGAGACACUGCAAUAAAAGGUAUGGAGCCAGCCUCCUGCAUGCCCUGAGGCCAGCAGGCGCCCAGCUCAGGCAGCACACGCCUUCAGUUAAAAAGGCCGAGGAGCGGCAGGACCCACCUGAAUCCAAUUACAUCUGGUGA